AUGCGCGGCGGCGGGGGGGGAGGUAGUGAGGGUGGCUUUUUAGCAGUUUUACCAGGAAAAGUAAAAUUUGAAGAAUAUUUAUGUGUAUUAUAUAACGAAACAAUAGAUCAAGGUAUUGUUUUAACAUCCGCAUCCAUAAUCAAUACAAAAAUAAUUUAUUUACAACCAUCAUCAUCAUCAGUUGUAACAUCGACAACUAUCGAAACAACUACAUCAUCAUCACCACCAACGCCGACGAUACGACUCAAGUUUCAUCAUCAACUUCAAGUUUCUUAUCGACAAUCAGUACUACUGAUACUAGAUGAUACGGAACCGGACAGAUAUAUUGAAUUUCAAGAUUGUGCUCGAUUUGAUGUUCACACCAUCAUAUCUAAUCGUCAAAUUCCAAUAUGUGCACAAUGGAAUGAAACGGGUAUCACCGUUGGUGGUCACAGUAAUGGCAGUUUCUCAUUAAAUCAACCACUGGGUUUAUUUAUUGAUUCAACUACUAAUAAUACAUUAUAUGUUGCUGAUUUUUUGAAUAAUCGUAUUCUAGGGUACAGUUCUCUGUCAGAUGUAGUCACUACUGUUUACAAUGAAACAUUUAGUUUUCCAACUACAGUUUAUGUUGAUAGUAAACAAAAUAUUUAUAUUGAUGCUUCUGGUACAAAUCAAAUUCUAAAAAUAUCAUCAACAAAUAGUAGUCUUACCGUAGUAGUUAGUUCAGGCACAUUCAUAAAUAGUUAUGGUUUUAUAAUCGAUGAACAAAAACAAUUAUUAUACGUAUCUGACGAUAGUGGACAUCGUAUUUUACGAUGGAACUUAAAUACGACAACGUGUAAUGUGAUCACAGUUAUUACAGGUGUAAGAAACCAAUCAGGCUCUGACGAACUACAUUUGAAUUAUCCACGUGGACUGGAUAUAGCAGGAGAUGAAGAAGAAGUCUACUUGUAUGUUGCUGAUUUUGGUAAUCAUCGUAUACAACGUUAUUUUAUCGGUAACAGCAGUUGUGAUAAUAUAACAAGAGCUGGUAUAACCGUUGCCGGUAAUGGUACAUUAGGAAGCGGUCUAAAUCAAUUGAAUGGCCCACGUAAUUUGUAUGUUACUAAAAAUAAUGAAGUAUUUAUAGCUGAUACAUUUAAUCAUCGUAUUAUGAGAUGGUCUUUAAAUUCAACUACUGCUAGUGGUGGUGGUGUAUGUGUUUUAGGAUGUGCAAGUGUAGCUGGUAAUGGAACGACUGAAUUAAAUCAACCAUCUGAUAUAAAAUUUGAUUCCAAUGGAAAUUUGUAUGUAUGUGAUACAGGAAAUAAUCGUAUACAAAAAUUCAAUAUUUUAAUUGAUGACAGCUGUGAGUGA